AUGUUCGCCUUCAUACACCGAGUGUUCCAUCUCAUUUUCGUGUGUAUUAAUUUGUCUAUCACUGGUGACGCUGUUAUGGGUUGCGGAGCAUCGACGCCAGGAAAAGCGAUUGAGUCCGGCCUGCGAGUGGUACUGCCCAAAGCCGAACCAGGGAAGAUCAUAUUGAAACGAAACGGUCGCCAAUCGGAAGGUCAGUUGUUGAUGGUGAUCGGCUUUGCUCUUCGUGACCAUCGUAAAAGAGCCCAACGAUUGUUGAAAAAGCCGACACUAGCAGCAAAGGGAAGCGAGGGGGAAGGGACGGACUCGUCGGUGAAUAACGAGAUGACUCUGGAAGAGAAAAAUUUUCUGCGGCGCGUUGUUCAAAAACACUUUUUAUUCGCGUCUCUGAAAGCUGAGGAGAGGGAUGAAGUUAUAAUGCGUAUGAAAAAGAGUGUGAUCGAAGGCGGACAGACGUUAUUUCAACAGGGAGAUGAUGGCGAUCGGUGCUAUGCAGUCCAGAGCGGAGAAUUUGAGAUUAGCAUUGAUGAGGUUAAUGUUAAAACGUUGGGGAAAGGAAGUACCUUUGGAGAGCUCGCCAUGUUAUAUAAUGUGAAGAGGACGGCAACUGUAAAGUGCAAACAAACAGGGGUGUUGUGGGAAAUAUAUGGGCGAACUUUCAAAAAGGUGAUGAAGCUACUGCAGGGCAGAAGCUUGGCACAUGUAGUCAAGUUCUUCAGCGACGAGCCAGACUUUGCCACUCUGAGUGAUGCUGAUAAGAAGUCCUUAGCAUCCAUUUGUUCUGUGCAGAAAUUUGAUGACAAUAAGCAAAUACUGCGACGGGAUGAUCCUGGGGAUUGGCUGCUCAUAAUUCAGUCUGGGAGGGUACGAAGCCAAUACGGAGAGGGAAGUGAGCUCAUGCUGGAGCCUGGGAGUGUUUGUGGCGGAGUUAGUCUUAUGCAUCACUGGAAGAAUUAUUAUAAUUCUCGCGCUGAUGGGAAUGUUGUAUGCUUGGCGCUGGCGAGAAACGGUUUGGCGAAAUUGAAUUCCAAUAUAAAGGAAGUACUGAAGAGAGCGUCUAAAAAGGGCGUGCUGAAGAAUCUUGAUUUCUAUGAGAAACUCGAUCGGGAACAGCAAAACUACUUAGUGGACGUUGUUGAGGAAUAUCAUUACAAAAAAGGAGAAAUGGUGGUCAAAGGGAAAGGUGAUGAUGAGUCCAGGGUCUUUAUAGUGCUGUGUGGCUCGGCGGAGUUGCGACCAGCUGCCUCACAUAAUGGAAACUCCUCUAGAGUAAAUCACACGGCGUUGGAGGAGGUUACUGCUGGUUGCUGUGUGGGUGAGGAGGAGUUCUUGGACAACCGCAGAGUUGAUUUUAUGUUGACUGCCACCAGUGAUGAUGGAUUACACGUAUUUGCGAUAAAGAGCGCGGCCUUUCUGGAAAAGCUGAGGAAUAGUUUUAAUAUGGUUCACCCAUUGUACGAUGUGUCGUCAUCUACCCCUGCUGGGAGGCCACCUUGCGUGCGACGCUAUCUCGAAUGGAACGAAAUCCGAUCGAUAUUGCAGGAAAUAUAUUUAUUUAAAACUCUCACGAAAGAGCAGCUCUCGAGAGUGGUGAUGAACAUGUCGAAGCGAAGUUUUGAUGCUUUUGCAAAAAUCUGCACAUUUGUAAGCGUUGAGGAAAUGCAAGUGGAGGGCGAUCCGUCUGAUAAUUUUUAUCUGAUCGGAAAAGGAAGUGUGUCGGUGGAAAUACCCGGAAAGGGGGUAGUUCGUACAUUAUCAAGAUGGGAAUAUUUUGGUGAGCGCGGGUUGCUAUUUGAGAUUCCUAGAAGUGCUACAAUAACAGCAGCUGAGCCAACGACGUGUUUGAUACUGCAAAAACAGGUUUUUCUGGAUAUCGUCGGUCCGUUUAGACAGUCUCUGGUGAAUCGGAUCGAACUACAGGACGAGACUGUUAAAAAGGACGAUUUGGAGCCUGUCGCCGUUGUUGGUUACGGGACUUUUGGUAGAGUUUUUCUGGUGAGGAAUAGGAAAAGUCCCGAAAAAGAGUAUGCAUUGAAAGCGGUGUCGAAGAAACAUGUGGUUGCGAUGCAGCAGGAAAAUUCGAUCAAUAUUGAGAGGAAAAUAUUACUUCAACUUUAUCACCCCUGCAUAGUGCAGUUUGUGAAAACUUUUCAAGAUGAGAAAAAUGUAUAUUUUUUAACGGAAUUUUUGGGAGGUGGUGACUUAUUCAAUGCUAUUCGCGAGAUUGGGAACCUGAGCGAAUUCCAAGCCCGUUACUAUUCGGCAAGUAUAAUACUGUCGAUCGAAUAUCUGCAUGAAAAAGGAAUAAUGUAUCGAGAUUUGAAGCCAGAAAAUUUACUGUUGGAUUUUGACGGCUGUGUGAAGUUGGUUGAUUUCGGCUGUUGCAAACAGGCGUCGAGGUCGUACACUCUUAUGGGAACUCCAGAGUAUAUAGCACCAGAAGUGAUACUAGGACGGAGCUAUACGGACUGCAUUGAUUGGUGGUCGACUGGUGUUUGUAUGUAUGAGUUUAUAUGUGGACCUUUGCCGUUUGGUGGUGACACUGACGAUCAACUGGAGUUGUUUCGGCAGAUCAUCGAAGCACCGUUAAGGUUUCCGUCGUGGUUGCGGGAUCAAAACGCGAAGUCUAUCAUCACAGGGUUGAUGCAAAAAAAUCCUGAGGAGAGGCUUGGCGGAGGCAUCUCGGGGGCUAAGGAGAUAAAGCGACAUCCGUACUUUAAGAAAUUUGAUUUCGACGGGCUCUUGUCGCGGAGUGUGAAGUCGCAGUGGGUGCCUGAUAGAGAGCAAACGAUGAAACAAUGGAUAGAUGCAACUGAUCCUGGACUGUUGAGUUUGGAAAACUCAGGAGAGGAAAUGUCGGAUGAUUGUGUGAACAUGGACUGGGCAAAGGACUUCUGA